AUGCUAAACCGGCGCUUCGUGGAUGAGCUCUUCAAGCCGCAGGAGCUGUACUCGAGGGCCGCCCUUCGUGAGGUCUUCGAUCGCCUGGCCCAUGCGUCGAUCAUGCGGCUCAACACGCCCAGUAUGGAUAAGCUCUACGACCUGAUGGUGAUGGCGAUGAAGCACCAGGUCCUCCUCGCCCCCCACCCUCGGGACCUGCUCCUCCUCACCCUCAACCACCUGGACGCCCUCAGGGGAUUCGCCACCGCCACGCCCGUCCUCGCCCAGGUGGAGGGGACGCUCCUCCUCUUCACGCAGCUAUAUUAA